CAUUUGAUAGAUAAUUGCUCUUAAUCUGUGAAAUUAGUAAUACACGUGGCAAAGUUUGGGGGCAAUUUUGUCUAUUAACUACGCGAUCGAUUUUCUAAAUUGGGAUAUUUGGAAUGGGUGGAAUCGGGAAGACAACUCUCGCCCAAAAGGUACCUGGGGACUGCUUCGUCCGCCGCCAUUUUGUUUGCUUUGCUUGGGCUACGGUGGGGAAGGACUUCCGCACCAGAAAAAUUUUGGAAGAUUUGCUGCUGCAACAUGUCUACUGAGCCAGGGAUGACAUGGCCCUAUUUUCAGACUUGGACUUGGCUCAGAAGCUUUACCAGUUCCUGCAGUCCAAGAGAUUCUUGAUUGUUUUGGAUGAUGUCUGCUUUGCCGAUGCUUGGGAGUGCCUCCGCAUUGCACUUCCGUCUCGAGAACCAACUGCCAGUAGAGUGCAGCUCACCACUCGGGAUGACAGAGUUGCGAACAAUAUAGCUUCGUCAUCAGCCGACGACAAGGAAUCGUUCAGCGGAUGAGGUUUCUUAACCCAGAUGAAGGCUGAGAGCUUCUCCGCAAGCCGGCUUUUAGACGUCACUCUUUUACUGGUAAAGGCGUCAUUUCUAGAAAAAAUCUUACCUCUCCUAAAGGGCAUACCACAAAUCUUCUUGCUGGGUUCUAAUUUGUCCAUGAGGUUUUCAUUGUUGAUGUUAAUUCGCAGGAGCAUCUAGGUAUGGGUUUAGGAGAGCUCCUCGACAUUCUUCAUCUUCUUCUUCAGCUUCUUUGAUUUGUGGUGGCUGAAGAUUUAGGGCUCCCAAUUGAGUCUCUAUUUUUUCCUCCACGUGAUGUUCCAUUCGGUGAUUGUUUCAGGAAAGAAAUAAGAGGAGAAUACGGUCAACUAGUUGCCGGACAAAAUUGAUCCCAUAAUUUGCCACGUGUACGGUUAAUUUUUCAUAUUAAGAGCAAUUAUCUACCAAAUGGUCACGAAUUUACUGAUUAAGUUGUUUAGUAGUCAAUUAUUGACGAAAAAUAGUUUGAUGGUCAAAACAUGAUUCGACCAAUAGUUUAAUGGCCGCUGAGGUUUUUUGCCCUAAAAUUUAAUAAUAGAGAUAUAAUUAUUACUUGUAAAAUAUCAUAUUUCUGUUACGAGGAUGCACGGAAAGUUUAGGUCAGAUUUACAAAACGUGACAAAAAUUACACGGUUCCGAACCUGCCCCGCUUCCGGCCAUAUCUGAGACAACUUCUCAGAACUUGACACUCUGCAAAGAAAGAACCCCUCUCUGGAGCUCUCUCUUCAGAUCUCUCAUUCCUCUAGAACCCCUUCAAAAAUGCGAGAAAGAACCCGAGAAAAGAAAAUCAAAACCAGCCCCGAACCCCAAUUCCAGCCAAUUAUCAGCAGUAUUCCUGAUGAUAUUUUGCUUCAAAUAUUCACAAGGCUUCCGGUCAGAUCCCUGGGGAGGCUCAGCUGCGUUUCGAAAUCUUGGCAUUCCUUGAUCUUCAGCCCCAAUCUCGUCAAAUCCCAUUACAAAAGAUGCACGGAAGACAAGGAAAACGAGCAUCAUAGGAUCAUGUUCUUUAAGGUUGAGCUGGAACAUGAUGAAAGGCUCGGGUACGGGUUCGAGCUCGGGGUCAACUUUAGGCUCAGGCAGUUUGGGUGUUCCCUUCAUAGUGCUUUUUCCUGUGUGUUACCCAAGAAAAUUGAGGUAACCAACGACUUUAUUAUUAGUAUUCCUGUUGAAAAAUUCAGGUAUUAUAUAAACAAGACUUGGGGUUCUUGUCGUGGGUUGGUUUUGAUCAUGGUUGAGGGAGAAAGUAUGUUGUUGUGGAAUCCUGCUACAAGAAACUAUAGAGAGUUGCCUGAUUCUGGGAUUAAAAAGGAGCAUAAGUUACCCGGCUCUUCUCGCUUGUUAUGUGGGAUUGGUUAUGAUGAGUCUAAUGAUGAUUUUAAGGUUCUUGUACUUUCCUCAGUUGGUGGUAUGCGGAAUGAGACUCUGGCUAAGGUUUAUAGCUGGAAGACGGAUUCUUGGAAGAAGAUUGAAGAUCUUAAGUACUCUUUGAUUGAGCUAGGCGGCUGUUAUUGUCUGAAUGGGAUUUUCCACUUUAUUGCAUAUGAUCCUCAAAGUCGUGGUAUUUGGAAUAUAGCUUCUGAGCGGAAAAUUGUAGGUCUUGAUUUGGCGAAUGACAUUUUUAAAGAGAUAGAACUCCCUGAAGAGGUGAUUACCAAUUGUACGUGGAAAAUAGGAACAUUAAGAGGAUGCCUCUCUUUGUUCCUUUAUUCUGGAGGCAAUCAGGUGGAUGUAUGGCUCAUGAAGGAGUAUGGAGUAAGAGAAUCUUGGUCUAAAGUGGUUGUUGUUCCUUGUUUUCAGUAUCCUGAUGGUAAUGUAUUCAGCAAGCCUUUGAUUUUAUCAGAGAAUGGUCAGCUUCUGUUUGUGACUGGGCCAAGACCAAAGUUGGGAGUUUAUGAUCCAAAUGAGAAUUCACUCCACUAUUCUCAGUUUAUUAACUUGGAAUAUCAUUAUGAAGUAGAUGUGUGUGUUGAAAGCUUAAUUUCUCCGUAAUGCUGUUCAUGGAUUAAAAGGGACUUCAGCCAUAAAGAUGGCAGACCCUUCUUAUGGCAUUGUUUUGCAUUACAAGAAUGAAAAUGCAAUGAUUGGGAAUGUGGACCCUAACGACUACUCUUUUCUCCCUCUUGUGAAUGAUGUCUUGUGAGGCUGCACUUCAUGAUGUACCUGGGAAUGAGACCAUUAUGGUAUAGCUUAAUUGUGAGUUUCUUGGUACAUCGCAUUUGCUGGAUGUAUCUGGUGAUGAAGAUAUGCGCUUGAUGUUUUUCGUGUAUAGAAAAUUCAAAGGUAUCAUCCAUAUGAAAAAAACUAGUGUUGCUUCUUUGAUUGUAUUGGAUGAGAGUGCAGUGAAUUUGAAUGAAGAGCUCAACAUGAAUGAUGGUAAUAGAAGUGCUAGUCAGGGUUCCAAUCUUGGCGUUUUGAAUGAAGAUAGUGGCUCAAAAGAGGAAAUCAAGAUUGAAGAGUCAAUCUUGAGGCUAAUGCUGCAGUAGAUGAUGAAUGUUGAAGAUCAUAAUUAUGUAUUUAAUUAGUUGUAACAAGAGAUUUCAAUGUGAUGUAUGAAUAUGAGCUUGAUGGUGAAAGGAAAUUUUCACAUAUAAAUGAGAACGAAAAUGCCUAUCAUGACUUA